AACCAGAAGCCACAGUCUCUAUGUAUUAGUAUUGCACUGAACACAAUUGCAGUGUGGCACACAAAUGGUUAAACAAGCUCCCACAUAUGGACAGAGUUUAGAGCGGAAGGAAGUGAGUGAACGUAGAAAUAUUCCUUCUCACAACAGCUGUCUUUAAGAAAGAGGGACUCUUUCCUCAGCGACAAUCAAUCUCAGCGAUGACUCUUCUGGUACUUCUAAUUAUUUUUCUUCUGCCAGGCUGUCACUGCACAGUGAGCACUGUAGGAGAUGUGUCUGUGCUGGAGGGUGGGUCCGUCACUGUCCCGUGUCACUAUAACCCGCAGUACACCAGUCACGUGAAGUACUGGUGUCAGGGCCGGAUGAGAGAAUUCUGCACGAGCCUCGCGCGCACAGAUGACCCAGAAUCACCCCCUAACGGGAAGGGAAGGGUAACGAUCGCGGAUGACCCCACUCAGCACGUGUUCACCGUCAGCAUGCGCAACCUGACGGAGGAGGACUCGGGCUGGUACUGGUGCGGGGUGGAGCUCGGGGGAAUGUGGGUGUCUGACAGCACUGCCUCCCUUCACAUCAGCGUCAUUCAAGGUGUGUCGGUGGUGAGCAGUCUGCUGAGUGCAGAUGAAGGCAGCAGCGUCACUGUUCAGUGUCUCUAUAGUAAAAACCUCAGGUCCAUUGAGAAGCAGUGGUGUCGCAGUGGGAACUUGAACUCCUGCGUGGUGACAGACUCUGAAGGAACAUUCAGCAGCACAAAAGUCUUCAUCCAUGAUGACAGGAACAGCAUGUUCUUGGUGACGAUACAUCAGCUGGAGAUGAGAGACUCGGGCUGGUACUGGUGUAGAGCCGGUCAGCAGCAGGUGGCUGUUCAUGUAUCAGUCACAGCACAAACCACAACACUGAGCACGUCUACCAUCCAGAAUCUGAAGACAACAGUCAGAAAUCCAUCUGUAAUGAGCUCAACUGACCCUCACAGUCGUCCUGUUUGGGAGUCUUUUCUAGUGGUGUGUGGGAUUGUAAUACUGGUCAUGACUGGGUUGUUGGCACUUUGGGAGUUAUGGCAAUUAUGUAGGAGAAUGCAGAAACAUCGAGGGACAAAUGAAAUGAAUGAUAAUCUUACAAUGGGUCCUUGGAGAGAAGGAGACAAGAAUGCGUCAGUGAUUUUCCUGAACGCUGCAGCUCAGGCUCAGAUGCUCUGACAGUGGAGCUUCAUGAAGGGAAACACCAAACUCAUAGACAUUCAUGAUGCUGAAGGAGAUCAUCUUAAAGGGAACUGAUGGACACUUUAACUCUCAUUAUGAAGUCAAAGAGAGUCCGGCAGACUGAAGAAACUGGAGGCCGGGGUAAUCUUUGACAUUCCUUCACAUGUAACAGUUAAAUGGAAGAUCAUCUUUCAUUUUAAUGCAUAUUUCAUGUCAUGUAUUUCUCUGUCUGUAAGCACAAGCCUUAUGAGUGAAUUGUGCUGUGUAUGUUUUUACCAAUGAGCAGUGGUUAUUCUCAACUAAGUGCAGAACGUGUGUGAAAGAGUGUUUACAAAAACUUACAGAAGCACUGAGAAUGUGUCGUUAUCUAACUUUUUACCAUAUUAGAGACUAUUUUGUUUCGUCAUGUUUUAUCAGCAUAUACUGUAAAUGAUAAAAAGCUUUCAUCUGUUAUUAUUAAAGUCUU